AUGAAAAUAGCUACCGCGAUUUCCUGCCUGUUUCUUCUGACACCAUUAUGGGCAGUUGAUUCGUAUGUCGAGUGUCCUUCCGACAGUGGAAUGACAGAUGAAGUUAGGCAUGCUUUUGUCGAUACGCACAAUAAACUCCGAUCGCAGACUGCUCAAGGAAAGGCUAAGAAUGCAUUCGGUGGAUUUGCUCCAAAAGCAGCUCGAAUGUUAAAAGUGAGUUAUGAUUGCGACAUGGAAGCUAACAUGAUGGCUUGGACAAAGCAGUGUCAUUUCUGGCACAACCCGCCCGCAGAGAGGAACUACUGGGGACAAAAUCUGUAUUCUGUGGGGGAUAAAUACUACAAUUUCACCUGGCCGUCAAUAGCAGAAACGGCCGUCAUAUCGUGGUGGCAGGAGUUACAGGUUUUUGGUGUACCAGAGGACAAUAUCGUGGCCUCGCCAAAUGAACACAAAACUGGUCACUACAUGCAGGUGGUCUGGCAAUGGACUUACAAAAUUGGUUGCGCAAUAACAUAUUGCCAUAAUGAUACAUAUGCAUGGACAAUCGCAGGAUGCAAUUAUAAUGCUUCAGGUGAUAAUCCUGGAUGGGUGGUCUACGAGAUGGGAGAUCCAUGCACAACUGACGACGACUGCAAAUGCGCUGGUUGCGUUUGUAGCAAAGAUGAGGCCCUUUGCAUUCCGCCAGAAUACGUUCCUCUUAAACCAGUUGCCAGUACAACCACCACACAAAAGCCAACUACAACAACAACAGUUGCACCACAUAACGCAGGAUCGUGUCCUCGACUUAAUAAUGGAAUGACUGAUGAGGCCAGGAAANUGUUCGUCGACAAGCACAAUGAGUACCGAUCGCUUAUUGCUAAGGGGCAAGCCAAGGGCAAAAAUGGACAAUUUGCUCCAAAGGCAGCUAGAAUGUUGAAAGUGAACUACGACUGCGAUGUUGAAGCAAAUGCGAUGGAAUGGGCCAAGAGUUGCACAUUUGGCCUCAACACUGCUGCCAUGUUGAAGCGCUGGGGAAAUAACAUGAAUAUGAUACCAUCUAAGAUUGAUAACAAGACAGAAGCUGCAGCAGAGAGCGUCACAGCCUGGUUCAGUGAAUUACAGAAAUAUGGUGUGCCUGAAAAGAAUGUUUUCACCAUGAAUAUUUACACGACUCUAAGUAAAUACAGUCAGUUGGCGUGGCAAUCGAGCAACAGAAUUGGUUGUGUAGUUGUACCUUGCUGGAGCUCUUGGACGGUUGUGGUAUGUGAAUACAAUCCAGGAGGAGACCUACCGAACGAAGUCAUCUAUGAUGUAGGAGAUCCCUGCACAAAGGAUGCCGACUGCCAAUGCUCCGGCUGCAUCUGCAGCAGAGAUGAGGCACUUUGUAUUGCUCCAUAA